AUGAAUGCUGCAUCAUCGAUGGAAUCUGAACCACCUAAAUCCAAUCAAUUUAGAGCAACUUUCUUGAAAAGUGCUACUUUUUUGAAAAGACAAAAAUGCGCAUUAAUCUUACAGAUUUGUAUUCCAUUGGUAUUGGUUCUACUGUUAUGUAUCAUCCAAAUCUUUGUUAAACAUCAAAUGGAUCAAAUGAAACCAACUCUUAUUCCCGCUUACAAUAACAGUAUUAUAGAAAUUGGUCACUUUUUAGAUACCAAUCCAAAUGGUAUACCAAAUAUAGGUACGCUGGGAUCGGAUGGAAAUAAAACAGGUCUACUUGGUAAGAUACCACAAGUAUAUAUGACGAUUCCCUAUAUCAAUGAAUCGAUGUAUGUUCCAUACUCACAGGACUACCCAUCGGUCAAAGAGAUGAUGCAAGAUAUCUCCAAUCAAAAGACACAACUGAUCAACCAGCGUCGUAGUUCAUUCCUCAUAAAGAAUCGAUUCGAAAUGCCAUUCUCUGCAAUCAUUUUCAAUCAAUUCUCUGCACAACAACAGAUUCUCGAUUACCAAGUCGCCAUUGAUACCCAACCCAUCUUUGAGUACGGAAACAUCUCCGAUCCGACUAUCUAUUUAUUUACUAUGAAUUUAUUAGAGAGCGCCUAUAUUUACUAUGUAUAUGGACAAGAAUUUAUUAUCAACUCCAACUUGACUCAACUUCCAUUUGAACAGAUGCCUCCAACCAUUGAUGUUGGAAGUCUUUUGGGUGGUCUAUUCUAUCCAUUUGCAUUGUCGUUCCUUCUUCCACUGUUUGUAUUCUCCAUUGUUUUGGAGAAACAAGAACGUUUAAGAGAUAUGUGUCUAAUGAUGGGUUUAAGAAUGAGAAACUAUUGGAUAGUUACUUAUUUAUUUGACUUUUUAUUAUAUAUUUGUGCAUUGAUCAUUGUAGUCGGUAUCAGUGUUGGUUUUGGAUUCGCUGUGUUCACACAAGGUUCAGCAUUUGCAAUGUUCCUUUUACUUUUUGGAUGGGGAAAUGCUAUGAUCACUUUCUCAUUCUUCCUUAGUACACUCUUCAAGAGAACACGUACUGCUACUGUUUCAUGCUACUUCCUUUUAAUUAUAAGUGUAAUUGUAAACUUGGUAUUAAGUGCAGAAUUAUGGGCAAAUUCAAUGCCACCAGUAGCUUAUUAUUUCUACCCAUUAUUUGCAUUCUAUCGUGGAUUGACUAAUAUCUCUACUGUUUGUGGUGUUGGUUUAUGUCCAAAAUGGUCUGAUUACACUUGGGAUUUCGAACCAUCAAAGAUUAUCUUUUGGUUAUAUAUCGAUAGUGUUUUCUAUUUAUUGUUGGCUUUGUACUUGGAUCAAGUUCUACCAAGAGAAUUCGGUGUACCAAAGCAUCCAUUGUUCUUCACUGAACCAAUUGUAAACUGGAUCAAAAAGAGAAACCAAAGAAAGCCUAUCAACUCUGAUGAGGUAUUUCUUAUCAAUGAGAAUAACGAUAGUGCCGAUACAUCCGAUGAAACUGUGGACGAAGACGUUGCCAUGGAGAAGAUUCGUAUUAUCAACAAGGAGAUCAACUCCAACUCGCCAAUUAUCAUCAACUCUCUAACAAAAAUCUAUGCAGGAAGACCAAAGCCAGCUCUUGACAAGCUAUAUUUGACCAUUGAGAAUGGUGAAUGUUUUGGUUUGUUGGGUCCAAACGGUGCAGGUAAAACAACUACCAUCUCACUUUUGACCGGACUCUACACUCCAACCUCUGGUUAUGCCAAGGUUGCAGGAUUCGACAUCGCCACCGAAAUGGAUUCGAUCCAUCGUGUCGUUGGAGUAUGUCCACAGUUUGAUACUCUCUGGGAGGAUCUAUCUUGUGUUGAGACACUCUUGUUCUACGCACGUCUUAAGGGUGUCGAGAGAAGUCAGGAGUUGAAACACGUUGAAGAUAUCUUGAGAGAUGUAAUGCUCUAUGAUGUUCGUGAACGUCUCGUAAAAGAGUUGAGUGGUGGAAUGAAGCGUAGAUUGUCUGUUGCCGUCUCAAUUACCGGUCAUUCCAAGAUUGUUUUCCUUGAUGAACCAUCGACCGGUUUGGAUCCAAAGACACGUCGUGAGCUCUGGAGUAUUCUCAAUCGUUUGAAACAAGGAAGAUGUAUCAUCCUGACAACUCACUCCAUGGAGGAGGCAGACGUUCUCUCCACUCGUAUCGGUAUCAUCUCACAAGGAAAACUACAAUGCAUAGGACCACAACAACACUUAAAGUCUAAGUUUGGUGAAGGUUAUUCACUCAAGAUAAAUAUUCAUCCAAGUCACGUAGAUGAUUUCCAACCAACAGAAUUAAUUCACAAAUUCUCACCAGAUGCAUUGUUAAUCGAAUCAUUCUCUGGAAGUUAUGUAUAUAGAUUACCAAAGGAAACUUUAAUAUCCGAAUUGUGUGCAUUCAUGCUACAAAGUAAAGAUAAAUAUCAUAUUACUGAAUGGGGAAUUCAACAGACAAGUUUGGAAGAUGUGUUCCUAAAGAUUGCAUCGACCGAUGAGACCAUUAAUUAA